AUUAUUUUGAUUGGCACUCUCAUGUGACAUUGUGACAUGUGGCUGAUUUUCGAUUGAUAAAUUUUUUUUCGUAAUUUCCUUGACACAUCGCUGACUCAGUUCGUAGUAUUACUGACUCACAGUUCGUAGUAAUUAGUCAACAACUGUUUAUGGAAACAUAUAUAUAUGUGAUAAAUAAUCAAAAUGUCGAACUAUUCUUCGCUAUUUCGAGUACUUUCGCUUUAAAAAUUUUCUUAUUUGUUGAGAUUCAAAAAAAGUGAAAAAGAUAAUCUAUACAAAUUCCAUUUUUUUUCUUUUAAUACCGACCGAGUCUAUAAUUGAAGAAAGGAUGUAUUCUCGGAUAAUUUUUGCUGCAAAAAUUUGAUUAAAUUAAUUUACUUUUUUUAUCAUCUUAUUUUAAGUUCAUUAAUAUGAAUAAUUUCAAUCGAAUAGAUGCAUCCCAGGUACAAACUAAAUUCGAGGAAAAUUCCCUACCUGUUAGAUCUAACGUUGUACCCAUAAGAUAUACCAUGGCAUAUUAUCUCAUUCUAGGUGAAGUUCCCGCUAAAAGGAAACUUGAUUUUGUUAAGUUCGAUUUCUCAGAACGCGUCAUGAUACUCAGGAAUGCUAUCUAUGAUAAGAAGAAGAACACCUUUACCAAUAAAAAUAUUGACGAAAACGACCUCAUAUUAUGGAAAGUCGAUAUUCCUUUCGAUGGUGAAAAUGAUAAGCUGACGAUGCUUGAUGAAAAGUUUGAUACAAUUAACAUUGAACAAGAUCUUGAAGGAAAGGAAAUGUUACCAGGAGACGAAAUUUCAAAACAUUUAAAAAACUUUGAUAAACCAACAUCCUUAAUUCACAUAAUCGUGCAACCGCCCCAGCCCGCCACCACUGGUAAGUGUCUCCCAAUGGUUUACCUCUCGAACAAGAAAUUCGCAGUAACAAAAUAUCGAGUUUGUUCUGAUCUCUUUUUUUCGCGUUAAAGUAGGUCCCUCUCAUCAAGGCGUUCCACAAGGUACGGUAUCUCUAGUUAAAUUUCCUGUGUUGUCUUAGUCUUUGUAUUCUGGCCCGCCAUUA